AUGAUCUUGGUGAAGGCCAGCUACCCAGGCAUUUUCAAAUUCGCUGGUCACACAAGAGGUGUGCUGAUCAACGAUAAUUAUGUUGCCAAGCAGAAUGUGAAGUGGCCGACGGAAUCCGUAUUCUGGUGGCAAGAUGGAUCAACUCUGUCAUCCGACGUACGCGAACCAAGCUCUACUCAAGGUAGGCCGGAUGGCAGACAACGGACCCAUGCCGGUCACCUUACCGACAGAGACGACAAUGAGAAAAAUGCGCGGCGGUUGGGGACGGUGCCGGUACGCCCGUGGCGCUUUCCGCCGUUUCCGGUACACGUAUGCUGA